CUUCUACCAAAAGAAGACACACCACCACACCAAUUGGUUCUCCGCAUUCAAAAUAUAAGAAUUGCAAAUAUGGCAGUCUCACAGGAGAGAAUUAGUGUUCACUCCCUAGCAGGUAAUUACCCCAACUCUUCAAUUCAUACAUACCAUACGCAAAAUAUGAGCUAUACAUCCCCACAGCAAAACCAACUCAACACACAAACUAACACCUCUCCCAGACCUAAAAAACACCACCGACGAUGCCCUCCCAAUCUACCUCAACUCCCUAAAAUUCACCCAAUCCCACACCCUCACCGACGUCCGUCUCGGACUAGGUUACAGCGCCUUCGCCAUCUGCGCCGCCUGUUUCUACUGGGACUACACACUGGGCUUCGAGUCAACCAAAGUCUACACCGCAAUCGCCGUAGCCGCCUACACCCUCCUCAACACACUCCUCACCAUCUGGAUCUGGGGUGUGGAGAAAUCCACCGUCUACGUCGGCACCAAUCCCGCGGGCGAAACCAUAACCAUCCAAAGCAAAGUCGAUAAACACAAGCCGGUCUACCGACUCACGGUCACGACGAAGGGGAAGGAUGGCAAGAAGAAGGUGAAGAGGGUGGAUAAGGCGUUUGCGGGGUGGUUUGAUGGCAAGGGGCAUUUUGUUGCGAAGCCGUUUCAGCAGAUGAUGGCGAGGAGUUUUGAGGUUGUGGGGAAGGCGGAUCCGAAGAAUGCGGUGGUGGAGGAGAAGAAGAAGAAGGUGCUGGUUGAUAAUAGGAGUAUGGAUGAGAAGUGGGCUAGUCUUUUGGCGGAGAGUGAGGGGAAUGUUGCGGCUAGUACGGCGACGCCGGAGAAGAGCGCGAAGAAGAGGGGGAAGAAGGCU